AUGGGCUCAAUCGGCGACACGCAAGCACACAUCCCCGUCAUCGACAUCAGCGAGGCCAACUCCGCCAACGCACCGAAGCAACUCCUUCAAGCCGCCAUCAAACAUGGAUUCGUCUUCAUCCGGAACAACGAAGGCGUUAUGGAUUCUCUUCUCAUCGCAAAACUCUUCAACCUCGCCAAGGACUUCUUUGCUCUCCCGACGGAAGUGAAGAACGAAGUCUCAAUCGGUUCAAACAAGGCCGGCAAGAAUUAUGGCUGGCUCGGCCAAGGGGUGGAGAAACUGGAUCCGAAGCAGCAGGAGAGGCCUGAUGUCAAGGAGUAUGAUCAUCCGUCUGUACUCUUCUGAUCGAGAUCCGCGUCUUGACAAUUUCAUCCUACAGAGCAUUUAACAUGGCCCUCCCGGAUCCCCAAACAGGAGUCUACGAGCAAAAACUCCCCGACCUCCUCCAGCAAGACAUCUCCACAAUCAGAACCUUCCAAUCCGCCUGCCAUGACCUCUGCCAACGGGUCUUUAAAUUCCUCGCCCUCGGCCUCGAGAUCGAAGAGGACUGGUUCACUUCCCGCCAUGAUCUCCAGAAAGGCCCCACGGGCACCAUCUUUAGACUCCUUUAUUACCCACGCCACAACGCCCAACGACAUCUAGGAACAGAUAUCCGAGCAGGAGCUCACAGCGACUACGGUUCCGUGACCUGCCUCUUCCAACUCCCCGGCCAACCAGGUCUCGAGAUUCUCACGCCGGAUGGGAAUUGGGCCGCUGUGCCUGUAGACCCUGAAGGGGAGGGAGGGGACAGAUUGCCUAUACUCGUGAAUAUCGGUGAUUUGUUAGAGGAUUGGACAGGCGGAUUAUUAAAAUCAACGAAGCAUCGUGUGGUUUUCCCCGCAGAGGAAGCGGGUGAUAGAUAUUCGAUUGCGUAUUUCUGUCACCCCCUGGAUGAUGCGUUGCUGGAACCCGUGCCGAGUGAGAUUGUAAGGGAGCGUGAGAAGAAGCAUGGUCGAAAGGAGGUCAAAGUCAUUACGGCGAAGGAUCAUCUGAUGGAAAGGUUGGCUGCAACGUACAGUGUCAAGUAA